UUAAAAAUAUAUAUAUUAAAAAUUUGUUUUGUUUAUUCGGAGAAUUUUAUGAAAUAUCAUUGAAAUUUUAAGAGAUUUUUUAAAAGAAGAAAAAAAAUGAAAUAGCUGUUUGCGUUUCUGAUGUCCUCGUAUCAGUGAUUUGAUAACUCACUCUCCCCCAACUCUUGGCCAACGAGAGUAGAUGACAAAAAAAAGUGAAAGUGAAAUUGUCCAGAAUGCAAUGAUAAAUGAUACAGAACGACAUACACACACAAACACAUUUGCGAAAUAAAUCACAAAGAAUAAAGAAAACCUAAACGAAAAGAAGAAGAAAAAAAAAAGGAAAACGAAAGUGCUGGCAAAUAAACAAAACAAUGGAAAACUAAUACAAAGAAAACAGAGGAAAAUUAAAUGAAAAAAUAAAGUGUUGAUGUGUGUGAGUGCGUUUAAAUGCUUUGUAUAUAUAUGGCUAUAUUUAACAGGACAUCUAAUAAAAGAAAACACGCGGGCGUUAUUUUUCAAAUUUGAAGAAAAAACCGUUGCUGUAAUUUUUUGCCUAUACCCCAUGUACAUGUGUGUGUUGCUGCACCACUCACCACUCUCCUCGCUUGAACGACGACAAUAAAUUAUUAAAGUUCACAUUUAACAUUGUGUUAUUAUAUAAGCUAAGUGGGAUACUCAUGUGUAAUUAUACAACUACAAAAACUAAUAAUUGAAAAAAUCCACUAAAGAGGGAUAAAAAUAUUGGAAAUAUUUAAAUCGUUGAAGAAGAAAUAAGUCACACAACUCGCUUAAAAAAAGAACAACAAAAUGGAUAAUAACUUUUUAGCUAAAAGCACCUUAAGUAUAAUGCCAGCACACAGCCAAACACCCUGUAUGUAAAUGUCCGCGCACCAAAUCGCACAAGAAUAUCAGCACCAACAACACCACAAGCACUCAACAAAAAACAAGCUAGUCGAUUGAUUCAGUUAAAAAAAAGAAAUCCCUGAUCGAUAAAAAACUAAAUUGCACCAAAUCUAGUUAACGUCAAAAUUAACGAAAAGUAAAAAAAAAAAAAAAAUACCAAACGCUUAACUUAUUUCAAAUCUUCAACACAACCAAACCAACCAAAUUAUCGAACGAUUUAACUGAACCAACACCCAUCCACCCACCGACGAAAACCACAUCGUCUGCGGCAAUCAUCAACGUUAUCAUCAUCAUCAUCUUUCAAAAUGGCUAAUACAGCUCAAUUGCUGAGACGACAAAGCUCACGGGAUAUUGUAUUAAAAUCACAAAAGAGUAUAGAUCAACAUGAAUUAAGAGAGAUACGUGGCCGUUUAGUUUCCGAACACAGCACCAGCAGUGCGGGCAGUCAUCGUGGUCCACAUCAUGGCACGCAUCAUGUCGCCCAUCACACCCCCAUGUAUGGGGCCACAAAUCAAGCAUUUAUGUCCGAUGCCUUCGAUGAAUCGUCCGAAGUUGAGGAUACAGAGGCCAGCACGACCAAAGCUGUGGCCGAAUUGGUGGCAGCCAUCGAAAGUGCCCCAGCGGAUAUUGUCGAGGGUGAAAAGGAGGGCGAAGAACGUGAAAGUUGGGACAGUAAAAUAAUGUUCUUGCUGGCAACAAUAGGUUAUGCCGUCGGCCUUGGUAAUGUUUGGCGUUUUCCAUAUCUGGCACAAAAGAAUGGGGGCGGUGCAUUUCUGGUGCCCUACUUUAUAAUGCUCUGCAUACAAGGCAUACCCAUCUUCUAUUUGGAAUUGGCCAUUGGCCAACGACUACGCAAAGGAGCCAUUGGUGUGUGGAGUCAAGUAUCACCCUAUUUGGGGGGCAUUGGCAUCUCGUCGGCUGUCGUCAGUUACAUUGUGGCAUUGUACUAUAAUACGAUAAUAGCCUGGUGCCUCAUUUACUUAUUGCACAGUUUUGAAUCACCACUGCCUUGGGCGGAAUGUCCAACACGUCUCUAUGCCAAUUAUACUUAUGAUCAUGAGCCGGAAUGUGUGGCAUCAUCUCCGACCCAAUACUAUUGGUAUCGCACCACAUUACAGUGCUCGGAAAGUGUUAAUCAACCGGAAAACUUCAAUUAUCAUAUUGCCAUUGCGUUAAUGGUCUCAUGGUUCCUGGUUUACAUUUGUAUGGUUCAGGGCCUAACAUCGUCGGGAAAAAUUGUCUACAUUACGGCAAUAUUUCCAUAUGUGGUAUUGAUCAUAUUUUUCUUUCGCGGCAUUACACUAAAGGGUGCCUCUGAUGGUGUGGCCCAUUUGUUUACACCUCGCUGGGAAACUCUGCUGGAUCCUGUUGUCUGGCUGGAGGCUGGCACACAGAUUUUCUUCUCCUUGGGUCUGGCUUUCGGCGGCCUAAUUGCUUUUAGCUCCUACAAUCCCGCCAACAACAAUUGCUAUCGCGAUGCCAUAUUGGUUUCCCUGACCAACUGUGGGACAUCCAUGUUUGCUGGAGUGGUGGUCUUCUCGGUGAUUGGAUUUAAAGCAACGGCUACCUUCGAUCGUUGCAAUGAAGAACGAGCUGAACUGAUUGCUUUGAAUAAAAAUGUAACCUUACCCGUUUGUGAUUUGGAACGGGAAUUGGCAAAUAGUGCCUCCGGUACCGGCUUGGCCUUUAUAAUCUUUACCGAAGCCAUCAAUCAAUUUCCCGGCUCCCAGUUGUGGGCCGUGUUAUUCUUCCUGAUGUUAUUCACCCUGGGCAUUGACUCACAAUUUGGAACCUUAGAGGGCGUGGUCACAUCAUUGGUAGAUAUGAAACUAUUGCCAAAUUUACCCAAGGAAUACAUUGUGGGAGGAUUGUGUUUUUCAUGCUGUCUGAUAUCAAUGUGUUUCGCCAAUGGUGCCGGGAGUUAUAUUUUUCAGCUGAUGGACAGCUUUGCCGGAAAUUUCCCCCUGUUAAUUAUUGCAUUGUUUGAAUGCUUGUCCAUCAGCUAUAUUUAUGGUAUACGAAGGUUCUCCGAUGACAUUGAGAUGAUGACUGGAUCAAGGCCCAAUAUGUAUUGGAUGUUCUGUUGGAAAUAUUUAUCACCCUGUGCCAUGAUAACAAUUCUUGUUGCCUCAUUUUAUCAAUUAUUGACAGAGGGUAGCAGUUAUCCUGCAUGGAUAGCUGCCAAGGGGAUGACGGUGAAAAUGGAAUGGCCCCACUGGUGUAUUGUUAUUGCCUUUAUACUUAUAUUGUCAUCAAUAUUGUGGAUACCCAUUGUGGCUAUAUUGAGAUUAUUGGGCAUUAAAGUGGUGGAAGACUCCGAUCCAGCUUGGUUUCCCGAGGCUGAGCUUAAAGAGGUGCAUGGCAUUGUGCCACAUGAGCCCACAGAGCUGGAACGUACCAUAUUCUGUUUCAACAUGGACGGUACUGAGGGCAUGUGCUGUCCGAAAUAUGGUCUGCCUGAAAAAUCUCUAGAGGAAGAAGAUGAGUAAAUUAGGAAGAAAAAAAACAAAACGGAAAAAAACUAAAAAACAAUUAAUUCCAGUUCAAAAUGGUUUGUCAAAGAUUAUAACGACACAUUAGAAGACACAGUAAAUUAAACCAAAAAAAAGUAAACAGUUACCUUAGUUAAGUUUAAGUUUCAAAAGAAAAAAAUAAAUAGUUUAGAGAUAAAUAAACAAACUUACACACAUACAUAUGAAAAUACAAUACGUACCGGCCUAGAACAUACGAGUAUAACAUAUUCAAAUAAAUUGAUUAGAGCCAACACCUUCGACACCCUCUACACUCUAUGAGAGUGAGUAAUGAGAAAUAUGAAGUAACUAAAUAAGAGAUCACAAAAUCGUGUAAAUAUGCUGAAUACUAUUUUAGAUUAAACAUACAUACGAACCUAUACUGUAUCUCUUAUAAGAAUAUACAAAGAAAUCAUAAAUAAUACCCUGUUAUGUAUUAUACAUAUAUUAUGGUAAUUAAUAAUAAUCCUAUAUAUUAUAUAUACCUAUAUACAUAUAUAUAUUAUUUAAUUUAUAUAAACAUACAAAUGAAGAAAACCAACCAAAGACAAAUAAGCGCCACCGACAUGCAUAAAAAUGACGUAUCAAAACCUCCUCUCGGAGUUAUAAAACCUUUAACGACUGUUUUUUUUUAAAUUUUAAGCUCUAAUUUAGAAUUCUCAGUAAAUAUAUUUACUCCUAACAAAAAAUAGAGUAUAUGGUAUAUGGGGACUAUGUAGAUCCAACUGAUUUUUGGUAGGUUAAAGAUUUCGGUUACGAUGUGUAGUUAACUCCCUAUAAAAAUAUUCAAUGUAGGUCCAUUUAAGGUAUAGCCCCCAUUUCUGCAUUUUAAAGGUUUCGACCACAAUUGUUAAUUAAAAUAGGCUGAAUUUAAUAUUUUCUGUUCUUUGAGGUGAAACUUCACUCAAAAUGGUUCAAUAUAGGUUUUGUCCUCAUAUAACACAUAUUCCAAAUAUAAGGGAUUAUGGUGAUAGAGGAUUUGACCUUCAGACUCGUAUUCAUAUGGUGGAAACUGAAACAAGUUCACUUUUUGAAUAAUUUUCAAGCUAAUUUGUUAUUAAUUUUUGAAGGCCAAAGUCUCAUAUUAUUACACUGUGUAACACAAAAAAUAAUUACACAAACUUAAAAAAUAAUAAAAGUAGAGUUAAAAAUACAAAAGACGUUUUUAGCACUUUGAAAUUUUACAUGACAAAGAACCCCUCCUCCGCAUUUUAAGAAAUUUUCGAUUUAAUAUUACUUGGAAUUCUUACAUUUUAGACUAAAUGCGUCUCUGGCAUUAUUACUGAUAACAAUAUUUGAAAUAUUUUGAAAUAACCUCAAUUAGGAGGUUCCUAUAUAUGGACGUUACACCAGAACAGAAAAUAUAUUGCGAGACUGAGAUACCCAGAUAAACUUAAAUCAAUGGGAAAAUUGUGGUCAGGACCCUCCAAAUAAUUAUCGGAAGGUGCCGAUAUAUGGUGGCUACACGAUAUCGUGGUCCUAUAUAGAUAAUUCUCUUCCAGGGGAUACUCACAAGGAACAGCGGAUAUUCACAAGGAACUCCUUGUGUGGAAUUUCAGACAAUUCCAUUCCAAUAUGUGGCUAAAAUCAUCAAGAUACCGAAUGUAUGGGGUGGGGUACCGUUGUAUGAGGGAAAUACAAUAUCGUGGACCUAUAUAGAUAAUUUUCUUCCGGGGAUAAAGUACUCACAAUGAACUCCUUGUGUGGAUUUUCAGACAAUUCGAUUGAAAAUGUGGCUAAAAUCAUAAAAAAUACAGAAUAUCGGAAAGUGCUGUUAUAUGGGGGCCAUACGAUAUCGUGGACCAAAUAUAGACAAUUCUCUGCCAAAGGGUAAAGUGCUCAUAAAGAACUCCUUGUGUACAGUUUCAGACAAUUCCAUUGAAAAAUGUGGCUAAAAUCAUCAAAGUACCGAAUAUCGGGGUAUACCGUUACAUGGUGGCUAUACGAUAUCGUGGACCUAUAUUGACAAUUCUCUUCUAGGGGAUAAAGUAUUCACAAGGAACUCUUUGUGUGAAUUUUCAGACAAUUCUAUUGAAAAUGUGGCUAAAGUCAUCAAAAUACCGAAUAUCGGGUGGUACCAUUAUAUAGAGGCUAUACGAUAUCGUGAAGCGAUAAAGCCCAUCUUCGAACUUGACCUACCUAUAGACGAAGGACAGAUCUGUGAUAACUUUUAGCUUCCUAUCUUAAUUCGUUUUGACUGUAGCGUGAUUAGAACAGACGGACGGACGGACAGGGCUAAUUCUUGUCCGUAAGUAAGUCUUAUAAUUUUACGCUGAUCACGAAUAUAUAUACUCUGUUGGGUCUAAAAUUAUUAUUUCGAUGAGUUACAUUUUCGAUGAGUGCAUUUGUUUGAACCAUGAAGAAGAAAGCGAGAUAAACCCAUAUUUUCUUUUGAUGAUCUGCUUAGAAUCACAUUCUGAGUCGAUUUAUAAAUGUCCGUUCGUCUGUCCGUUCUUCCAUCUGCCCAUGUAUAUUUGUACAAAAAGUACGGUCACAUUUAUUGUCUGAUCGAGACGAAAUUUUGCACAAAUUAUUUGUUUGGCCCAGGGACGAACCCUACAGAAAUUGGAGAUAAUCGGUUUAAAUUUAGAUAUAGCUCCCAUUUAUAUCUUCGUCCGAUUUGCCUUUCAUUGUGCAUGAAAUGUGUAAUAAUAGUUGAAAUCGGAUGGAAUUUGACACAUUCGACCAAAUUGAGCUAGAAGUAAGUAUGUCAAAUUUGGUGAAAAUCGGCUCAGAUAUAGCUAUACCUCUUAUAUAUAUUGUUCAUCCGAUUUAUUUUUUGUGAUAUACACUCCGUAACUACGAUAUUCGGUUAAAUAUAUGAACUAUUGCCCAGAAACACCUUUGUCAAAUUUAUCGCGGUUGGUUCAGAUUUCAAUAUGGCAGACCAAAUGGUUAAUAUAAGUCCGAAUUGAAUGGAUUUUGGCACGGACAAACGACUUCAGCCUGGACGAAAGUGUAUCAAAUUUAGUGAAAAUUGGUUAAGAUAUAGCUACGCGUCCGAUAUAUAUAUGUUUCAUCCGAUUUUGUAUUUAAGUCCCUUACAUUUGUAAACUUCCCCCUUAACGUUAUAUUGGGAAGUAAACUUUUAAAGCGUCGAUACAUAUGCCUUCUAGUUUUCGCUUUAAUUUAAUAUAUCGAGGAGUAAUUUUUCUUAUAAGAACAUACGAAUUCUUUAAAAAUCUAUUUUUUGGGAUCAAUGCAUAUUACUUUCAAAGAUUUUUAAGUUUCAUCUUUUUUUCUUUAUAUUGGUAGAUAUUUUAUAUUUGUAGCUGACAUUAAGGGAAGACACUUUCCUGAAAUAAUUGCGAUUUGGAAAUUAUCUCAUAAUUUUUAAUUUUUCUAUAGAAUAUACAGCCAAAAUUAGCCAACGUAUGUCUUUACUUAACUUCAAUAAAAUUAUAUUCCUAUGAGCAAGUGUCGCUAAAAGUUUUAUAACUUGGUAUAAUAUUAUGUUAAAAUAUUCCUUAUAUAAUUUUGACGGUAUUUAAUAAUAUACAUAUAGAAAAAUGGACAAUAAUUAUGUAACAUUUAUUUUAUUCUAUAUAUAUAUUAUUUUUAAAUUUAUUAUAUAUAAAUGACAAUAAAAUCCUAUAUCAUUGAUGCCAUUAAAACGAAAGUAUAAAAUGUUUAUAUACACAAAAUUAUUAUUGUAAAACAGAAUUAAUACAAAAAAAAAACAUAAUGGUCAAAAAAGACUGUACAAGAAAAAAAAAAAACAUAAAUAAGGGAAAAAACUUAAACAAGUGUUUCCAUUAAAAAUGACAAUUAACUUUAGUAUAACAACAAACCAUUCAUUGGUUUCAUCAGCCAUGCAAAAAAUAAUUAAAAAAAAAAAACAAAUGUAAACACAUUAACAAAAAAACUUAAAUAGGUUUUUGAACGAAGAAGAAAAAAGCAUACAAAAUAUUGCAGCAACAAGCAUAUUUCAAUUUUUUAAUUCAAUACACCAUCAAGCAAUAUCAGCAAAUUGAAAUUUGAACAUUUAAAAAUUUAGCCAUGAAAAUCCAGAAUGCUUUGCAAAAAAAAAACAA